AUGCAAAAUAAUUUGUUAGAUUAUAAAUAAGAUGAACAAUCUAUAAAAAAAGUGAUUGACAAAGAAAUAAAUGGAAAAUCUAAACGUUUAUUUGAUCCUAAUACUUAUUAUUCAUAAUUUUAAAAUUUAACUUAAGAUAGUUUAUAAUAAUGUGAAAAAGCCCAAGUAUAGAAAGGAGCAAAAGAAAUGAUUGAAUGUAUAACAUUAUAAUCAAUUGAGUUAAGGCAUAAGUUACAAGUCAAGAGAAAGUGAUUGAAGCAAUUAGAGCAGCUAAUUUUGUAGAAAUUUAGAAUGUAAACUUUAGAUUCAAAAGACUACUAAAAGAGAUUUUAGAAUAAAUAGCAGACCAAUUAGGAAACUUAUUUAAGAAUGAAUAUUUAAAAUUAUGGUUGGAAUGGAAAAGUGCUAAAGCAGCAUUAUAAGAGAAGGAACUCAAAUUAAAAAAUUCAGAAAUCAAUUAAUAGUUAUAGGAAUAGGAACUGAUUUAAAUAAGAACAGAAUUUACAGCUUAAAACACUUUUUUUAGUUUAAAUAAAUAAUUAGAGACAACUCUAUAAAAUUUAGAGACUGAAAAUAAUAAGUUGAAAGAAAACCUUAAACAUCUUAAUUAAUAUUGUAAUGAAUUGAAACAGAAUAAUGAAGAACUAAAUAAAAGAAUGAAAAAACUUGAAUAAUAAUAUGAAGAGGCAAAAGAAAAAUAUGAAAAUGAAAUUAAUCAGUUAAAACAAAAAGAAUAGAAUUUAAUAAAGGAAAAUAAAAAUCUUAUUGAAUUAAAUAAUCAAUUAUAAUAACAAUUAGAUAAAUAUAGAGAUUUAUAUGAAAUGUAAAAUCAAAGAAAUAAUGAUUUAACUGAUUAAGUCAGAUAUUGGAAAUCAACUCAUUAAUAAAGAUUAACUGAUUUAUAGUAAUCAGAAUAAAGAAUAGGAUCAUAAAAAGGAUAUCUUUUUAAAUAUAGAAGAGAAGUAUAAGAUUUAAAAAGAUUUAAAUUAUAUAGUGAAGAAGCAUAAAAGGAAUUAUCAAAUGCUAGAUAGACUGUUCAUUUAUUAAAUUAAUAAACAGAAUAAUUAAGAUUCAGUUAUGAAAAUGCAAUUUAAUAAAAUUUAAAUAUUUAGACUGAAAAAACAGAGAAUUUAAAUUAAAUAUUAUUACGUAAUGCUUAAUCAACUAAAAAGGUAAAUAAUGAAACAAAUGUUUUUUAUGAAUCUCCAUAAAAAUGUAAAUUUGAUUUUCAUAGUGUUAAAAAGAUUACUUAACCUUCAGUUGAUGAAUUAAGUUAAUUUGUUGUAAGUUAUACAAAAGUUCCAAUUUAAUCAAGAAGAACUAAAAUAAGAAGUGCUAGUGCAAAGAAGAAUUCUUAAUCAGAAACUGAUACAUCUAAAAAUAAUAUUGGAAUUUAAGAAUUUGAUUUGUUUACACCAUAUACAGAAAGUACAUUAAAUCAAUUCAAUUUUAAUUCUGUACCUAAAAAUUCUAUAAAUAAAACAAAAAGAAUUAAAAGAUAGAAUACUGAAAGUUGA